AUGGCAAGCCAUUCCAACACCAUUAUUAUAGCCGAUGACGAGGAAUUGCCAAGCCUCCAGCCAGGUGGCUCACGACCUCGGGGGGGCCCUCGCUGUGAUUACAGUUACCGAGAAUUUGAGCACAUGUUCGGUGAAACAGAUGAUGAGACGGAUACGACGCCAUCGCGUAAACGCAAAAGAACCGAAAUGAAGGAGCCGUCUGCUUUGGAUAACGCUUUUAAGGAGCUCCAAAAGGCAAUUCGCCAUAAAAUGCAACGGCUACGGGAGAAAAAACGCAUGCUUCGAGAUGAACUUCGCCAGGAGAGGGAGAGGCACCGAAAGACGCUAGAGGAAGCUUCCCGGCAAAGAGAAAGGCGUGUUUUAGAGUGCAAGAUCUGCUACACGCAACCAGACCGCUGGGUGACGAUUGUAUGUGGGCACAUGAUUUGCGAGUCAUGCGCGGGAAACCUUGAAACCCCAAAAAAAUGCCCUAUCUGCCGAGAACGAUUCACAGGAUAUAUCGGAUGUUUACCCUUUGCAGGAUAA